AUCCCCAGUGGGCUGGAGAUAACCACUCCGGUAAAUAAAACGAGGGGGAAAUUUUCUGCUAAAGGCAUUCAUCUAACCUGUCAGUACGAGACCAUAGUAAGAAAAGAUGAGGUUGGUGUUUCUGCUUCUCUCCGUCAUCUGGACCCAGCAUCUGUCUGGAGCAGCCUACGACACAGACUAUGACCAGGCUUUUACCUUCACAUGCGGCAAAGGGGAAUACAUUCAGUCAAUCGAAAGCGUCCACAGCAACCAUUAUGAAGACAGGGUUUUCAAAUUUGGCUGCAAAAGUUUGAAAGAUACGUUCCCCGAGCAGACGAUAUCAACCUGUGAAUGGAGCCAGAUCGAAUCUUCAAGUUUGACAUCUGCAAACUCGCAGCCCUGGGCGGACCUUCUGUUGGCUGAGCACGUCAUUGGACACACGUCACGUCACGUGGCGUAACGUCGCAUCACGUCACGUUAUAUCACGCCACGUCAAAUCACGUCUAGUUGCACCAAAGCAAUGUGCCAUAACAAUUCUCAAAACAAUGCGAUUGUGAUCGAACAUGAAAAUAAACAUGCAGAUACACAGUUUGA